GUAGAGCGCUUCUAGCUACGACAGCGCGAGCCCGCUAGCCAAAAUGUUGCAGGCGACACAGAUGAAACAAAUAGGAAAUAAAUCUCCCCGCCCGAAGAUGAAGGGAAACAAGCGAAGAUGAAGUAGAAGCUCUGAUAGGGCAGAAUGCAAAAGAUGGUAGCGGCGGUUGAAAAAGGUAAAGCCAGUGUCGGGAUGGUGCAACCGCCACCGCCUGCCACGAAGCGCAGCAAGAGUUCGUCCAGGAAACCGUCUCCCGUUGGCCUCGACGCAGCAGACAAAAAAGCUGUACAACCACGACCUACAACCACUACAAAUACCAAUCCUCCGAUGUUCAUGUUUCCGCCACUGCAAAUCCCGUCGGGCCUCACCUGUCCCAUUUCCGGUUUGUUAAUGAUCGACCCGGUGAUGGUGCGACCGACAGGGCACGUAUACGAGUACGAGAACAUAAAGCAGUACGUGCUCGCGAACCAGAAAGACUUCAUCUCCGGCGAGCCCUUGUACUUGGACGACGAGGGGGAGCUGGAGUGCAAAAAGAUUCCCUGGAUCAAAGAAACCAUUUCCAGCUGGAAGAGAAGGCCCAGCUACCGCGUCGAGGAUAGGCCGAACCAGAAAAAUCUGAAAGUCAUGCAAGUCAUGAGGUACUUGUAAUCGUAAUGUACUUCUACAGUACAAGGAAGUUGCACCUCUUCUUAGUCUCGCAAAGUCUGACUGUACAAGUUGCAAGAGAGUGCAUAAGUGAAAGUGUAUGCACGUCCAGAAAACUGACCUCUGUUUCAUCUGAUCACAACGAUGUAAAGAUUCACUUUCAAUUUCCGCGACGUCAAAACCAUUCAGGUGUCUCGAGUACCAUUUGAUCCAACUGAACAAGCUGCAACUGAAGGAAGAGCUGUCUAAGCAUCCCGUCACCAGCUCCUCCGCUUCCACUUCUGCCAAGGUCGGUCUGGGCGACGAAUUUCUGAAGAAGCUGGAGGGCUUUCUGGAGAAGAUGGAGUCCCAGCAGCAGGCGCGCAUCCAGAGUACGAACGAAGUCGUGUCGCGAAACCGCAAGAAGCUUGCGGCCGCGCAAGCGCAGGCGCAGCAAGGAGGGACAGGGCCAGCGUCCUCUCGGGGAGGUCCCAUGCAGUUCGACACGAUUUCCACGACAGGAGCCGGGAAAAGUCGACUCGAUCCCCUAAACGCCACCAGCGAUCAGAUCGUGUUACCGGACGUCGACCCGGCGCUCGCGUUUAUGCAGGACGCCUUAAGCCAAGCUGGCGACGAUGUGAAGAGCCAGUACAACGACCGCGGAAGUCCGAGAACAACUGCAACGGGGACGAUGACCACCAUGGGUCCGCCGCGGAAGAUUCAGAAGACUGCCUCCUAUGCGAAAAAGCGUGCUGCAGCCGCUGGAGCAGGAGCAAUACUCCCGGUGGAAAGUAGUACCAAAACGAAAAGCCAUAUUAAUACCGUUCCAGGUGGCCCAGGUUCUACCAUCGCCGCCUCGCGGUCGUCGAGUAAGAAGCUCAGAGAGACAACGACAGGAGGAGCGCAAAGUACAAUAUCGGGAACAAUCAUGACUCCACGAGAACACCACGAGCUGCAGCAAGCAAUUCCAUUGCAGCCACCGCGUCUGGCCUCUCCCCAACAACAAGUAUUUUCGACGCAACAGGGAGCGCAACCACCGGGUCUGCUUUCCGCGGUGGCACCGCCACAGCCAACCCCACAGCAGUUUCAAUUCUGGUUGCAGGGAAACAACAGGGCGCCUCCGCGGAACCAGGAGGAGUACGAUGAAAUGUACAACGAGUGCGCACAGGACCUGCAGCAGAGCAUCUUGCGAAAUUUUCAGCAGCAGCAGCAGCAGCAGCAGCAGCAGAUGGAGCAAGCCCUGCGCUACCAGCAAUUUCAGCUGCAGCAGCAACAAUUUCAGCUGCAGCAGCAAAUGCAGAUGUCCGCAAGAGGACCGCGACCGUCUGCCGAACAUCGGGUUGCCCCUGCGUCGAGUAGCAGCGCAGAGGAGGACCGUGCAGCGGCGAGCAGGAUGGUUUCGAAGAAACCAGCGCCGCGUCCGAAAGGAAAGGCUGCGACUGCAGUACCAAAGCCCCCGGUAGCGUUGACGGCACGACAGAGAAGCGCGGCUUUGAAGGCUGGGACACUAGUAGAGGAGCCAGUGCAAAAAUAUCAGCAGCAGCCUGCUCCACCGAAGAUGUUAUAUCAGCCGGUCGCGCAAGUUGAAGUUGACAUGCCGCGGAGCAGCACUGCACCUACUUUCCCCGCGCCACCACUACCGCCAAACCGACCUGCUAUAGUUCCCGCUUUGCAGCUGGGAGAACAACAAGCGAGUAGCGCUGCUGGCGCGUCCCCGCCCGCGGGUCACACAGUCCAGUCGGAGUCGCCUCUGGAUCAACCGCAGCCGCAACGAACACUGCAAGUAGAGGACGCAAACCCGCCGCAGGCGAGUCCGCUGGUGGUAGCUGCAAAGCCUGUGGCCGUGGCGUCAAAACCGAAGCCAAAGCAGCAACCUGUCAAGUUGACGCGCCGACAAGCGGCGAUGCUGAACCUGGACACAACUGCUAGUACUAGUGCAGGACAAGAGCAGCUCGAAGCGCCCCCCACCUCAGCGCGCUUCAUGCCCCCACCGUCUCGACCACCGCCCGCGAGGGCAGGACCACUGUCUACUGGUGGAGCGGCGAAACAAGCUGAACUUUCGCAGAACAAGCCAACCCCCGUCCUCGCGAAGGCCGUUGCAGCGGCUGCUGAGAAACUACAGAAUCCACCAGUCGCGACACUGCAGCUGGAGGGCGGUGCCAUGUUUCAAAAGCCGAGUGUAGGGUAUGCCUACAAAAUGAGCCCGAUUCUGGAAGGGGAGGACGAAAGAAGCAUGAGUUCGGAGGUGAGAGCCCAGAGCAAGGAGUCGGCCGUCGCGCCCGUCGCGCCGUCGGACGGAAGUGCGACUGGUCGGGGAAGUGCACCAGAUAGGACCGUGUCUGCUGCUGCGCCGUCAGAUCGGAAGAUGAAAAUGCAACCGAAGCAGCGACCUUUACAACUCAACGCCCGCGCUGCCCGUCCGCAGCGAGCUGCAGCGAAGGUUGCAACAGAACUGUCGACCCGAAUUCUGCUGACCGAAGAGUCCUCAAGACGUGUAACAACCACGGAGGACGAGAAAACCGGACAGUUGUCCUCGCCAUCGGGCGGUGCGGCGAAAAAUCCGCAAGUGUCAGCAGCAGUUUUGCCGCAGAACCGCUUUCCAUUCCAACCGAACACCCGUGGAGGUGAAAUGAAUGUCGUAUUACCGCCCGGUGCUGCCCCACCGGAAACGUCGUCGAUCAUGCCACCAAGUUUCCUCGUUCCGGGUGGACAUCUUCAACCUGGUUCAUCUUCUUCUAGUAGCAGCGCCAGGCCGCCAGGGGCAGCUCCACCUCCACCGCCGACGUCGAAAAGGAACCAGAGCCCGAGUCCCGAGAAAAAGAAGCGCCGCAAGGAGUCCGAGAUGCUGCUCUCCGAGCUCGACGAAGUGUUAAAGGACGACGGUUUGCACGAACUCCUCCAACGCGGCGAGGUCGCCCCCAUCGAGGAGGAGAAGGGCACAGCGGCGGAACAAGAUGCGAAAAAGUCCUCCACGGACGAAAGUUCAAACCCGGAAGGUGGCAACGACAAAAAGCGGGGCACGACGAGCCACCGUCGGGAGGAAAAGUCCAACAUUGCCGAAAAGGAUUUCAACGCCAAACUGUGCGUGCCGCUGACGAUAAAAAUACCAAAUUUGAUUUUCAAGGUCCAGGGAAUCGUCCGCUACCCGAAGCUCAACGGCGUCUACCACUUUGACGAAAGUAUAUCCAAUCUCUUGUUCUGUAAGUAGGUCGUCGACCACGUGAUCGUGCAUACUCGGACGUUGUUGUACUCGAACCGUUUCCAGUUUUGUUUCAUUCCGCCACCUCCUCCUCUCGACUAAAAAAAAAAUACUUGAUGGAUAAAAAUUCGGAUUUCUCAAAUCGUUGCAAAACAGGUCGUAAGACGGAGGUCUCUCCGUUUUUCCGUAACAACAACAGUAGCGGCGUGUUUUUUCUGAUGUGCAUCGGGCAGAAUUGGGCGGCGACGUUUAGCGAGACGAAGUACCUGGACUUGAGGAGUCCCGAAAAAUGCGCCAGGAACGAUUUCCACCCGCUGGUCGCGAACCCCCGGGGCGGAUCUUUUAUCGAAGGCAACCACGAUGACCAUCCGGGGGGCGACGCUGCCGCCUGGGCUGAUCAGUACGCCAACGAAAACAUUCGGGUCGAAUACUGCGACAAAACCGUACACCCUUGGGAGUUCCGUCCCAUACUCUGGGCACCGCACCUCUAGCGAGCUGCCUUGGGUCCGAUAAUUGACUACAAUACCGAGAAGGCGUCAACAGAUGAAAGAAUGGUGUGUAAGAAAGAAUACAGUAUAGCUGGUCAUUAGCGUUUAUUACGUUCUUGACCAGGUCGUGUAGCGAGAAACAGAAAUAAGAGAAUGAGAACAAAACUGACAGACUAAAGGACCGGUGGAGAUUUUUAUUCGAAGAAAACACAGGUUUGGAAUCUUCAAGUCGAAGGUUUAUUAGACUCAGUCGCGGAAGAAGAGACUAGCUUAAGAAGCAGGUAGUUGUGUCGUGAACGUUUCAGAACUCAUCCAUACAUGUUUCAACUCGUGAAUAAUCGUGGUCCAGAUACGACAAGCGCGUAUUUUUUUUUGUGAAAAACAGUUUCGGUUUUUCUACAUCGAGCAGGUCUACAGCAU